AAAUAACAGGGGAAAUUCUAAAAAUUACAAAUAUCGGUUAUUGGUCACUAUGAGUGAUUUGGCAUUGAGUGUAUCAGCAAAAAAUGGACAACAAGUUCGGAAGUGCCUGCAAAAUUGUGAUCUGUACGACUGGAAUAGACGAUCGAAAAGUGCUGAAGGUGGCAAAGUUAUCCUCCCAUUACUGGAGCAAAGUAACUGCUUGGAACCAACGAUAAGAAAAGCACUAAAUUCCGCGAAUAUUGCUGAAUGGGAAAUAGUCCACGUCAAACUACCACCUUCCAAGAAGAACCAUGUAGCCACUCCCUACCAACAGAUGGUAUGUGGUAUAGAGAAGUUUCUGAGGGACCGUGACUUAGUGCUCACGGAAGAAUUGAGAAAUGACAUUCCGAGACAUUGGGAACGCCAUGGUGAUUUGGUCAUGUUUGGGGGCUGCUUCCAAGAGCCUUUCUGGAAACAGUUUGGUGACGAAAUCUGGCACUUAAUCACAGAAAUCCUAUCUUGCAAGAAAUUGGCACAAAAAGGAAGUGUUGUUUCUAAUGGAUACCGUACUCCAUGUGUGUCGCUUCUCCUUGGAGACAACGGAUAUGUGGAGCACGUCGAUAACGGAAUCAGGUACACGUAUGAUGUCACGAAAUGUAUGUUCUCAUCUGGAAAUGUCACCGAAAAAAUUCGUGUUGCCAACUUUUGCUGUGAAGGAGAAACUGUAGUUGAUUUAUAUGCAGGUAUUGGAUAUUUCACCUUACCCUACUUAGUUCACAGCAAAGCCCGCUUUGUUCACGCUUGUGAAUGGAACCCGGAUGCUGCAGAGGCGUUAAAGAGAAACCUUUGUCUGAAUGGAGUGGAGGAUAGAUGUACGAUUCACUUCGGAGACAAUCGAGAGAGCUGUCCAAAAGACAUUGCGGAUCGGGUUAAUUUAGGAUUGAUUCCGUCGUCAGAGCCGGGUUGGGAAGUGGCCUGUACAGCCUUAAAGAAGUGUUCAGGUGGAAUUCUCCAUAUUCACAGUAAUGUAGAGAGCCGAGAAGUGAAAAUAAACUCACCUGAAAAUUGUAUUGGAGAGUGUUCAAGAGACAAUACUGUACACAACUUCAAAGACCUAGACCAAAACUCAAUUGACACAGAACAAAAUAUGUGUUCAUGUUCAAGCAAUAAUGAAAAGUGUUCACAGGAGUCUCUGAAGACAGCAACAAAGGAGAAAUGGAAAGACUGGUCUGAAGGGAUUUCCAAGAGCAUUAAAAGUAUUUUGGAAACGAUCCAUUCACCAAAGCAAUGGAGGACAAUUAUUCUGCACAUAGAACAUGUGAAGUCUUAUGCACCUCAUGUGGACCAUCUAGUCUUAGAUCUUGAAUGUAGACCUAUUUGAAUUUUUUUCUCUAUGACAUAAAUGAAAUAUUGUU